AUGAUGGAAAACAGCAAUGAUGAUGAUGCAAAGCUCAAAGCAGAAAUAGAAGCGGAAUUGGAUAAGAUCAGUAUUUCCUCCUUGGAAAAUGAUGAUGAUGGAAGUGAUUCUGAAUCAGAAACCCAAAGUAAGAGUAGUGACACAGAUUUAGAUGAAUUACCUGAGUCAGUUCUUCAUUGUAUUAACAUCAUAAAGAAUAAGAGUAAAACAGCUGAAGAGCUCAUUCUUCAGGACUUGGAAGAUACUGAUGUUUCAAGCUUCAGUUAUGGAGCAGUUUCUAAUAAUCAUAUGCAUUUAAGGAUACAAUUAUCAACUGAAUUUCAAGAAAAUCCUGAGCAAUUGAUGAAGCAAGAGCAGGACAAGAUGAAUGAUGAGCUACAUAAAGAAGAAAAAAAGUGGGAGGAGAAAUGUAAACAGCAUGAGGAGCUCAUUAAAAACUUGCAAUUACAAAUGGAAGAGGAAAGAAUAAGACUGAAAGACUUACAGGAAAAGGAAAAAAUGCGUUUGUUAAAACUACAGCAUAAUUCAGCUAUAAAAAUCCAAGCUAAUUAUAAAGCUUUUGUAGCUUACCGAAAAUAUAACCCAGUUAUAAAAGAACAAGUAGAAAAUAAGAAAAAGAAAGCACAAGAGUGGAAAGAAAAGGAAGCAAAACUCCGACAUUGGGAAGAAGAAAAACAAAAAAGACUGGAAGAAGAACAAAGAAUAGAAGAAGAGAAAAAAAAGCAAAAACAAGAGGAACUUAAAAAGAGACAAAAAGAAUAUGAAGAAAAAAAGAAAAUUCUGAGACUAGAAAGAGAACAAGUGUUAUUCAAGGAAAAAGUAAGAAUCAGAGAAGAUGCAAGUAAGCAACUAACAAGUAAGACAUUAGAAAAAGGAGAAUACGAUUCCAAACAUUUAAGUGUCGAAGAUACAUCAAAGAAAAAGAGUGAUAUAGCCAAAAAGUUAGUGGAUGAGAAAUCAAAGAACCAGGAAGAAACCCCUCUUUGGCUAGUAAUAGAUAAGAAAUUAGAUGUGAGGGAAAAUGAAAGUAGACCACUAGCAUUGAAAGAAUUAGUCCAAGAAACAUUAAAAGAACAUAUAUCAAACCAAGAAAAUUUGGCAGAAUUAAAUGAGGAAGAAAAAAAAGAAAAUCUAGCAAAACAGAAAUAUUCUGAAAAGUUGAUCAAUAUAAAAAGAAAAUAUGAAAAUAUAGACAAACAACUUAAAUCGGAAAGCCCAGAUCUAAUAGAAAAUAUGAAAGAAAAGUUUAAGUUACAGGAAUUAAAAUCUCAAAUAAAAAGUGAGGGAAAAUUAAAAUAUGCCAUGGAUGAGACUAUUGAACAAGAAACUGAAAUAAUAAUACUAGGACAUAAUGACAUAUUUUAUCAGGCAAAAAACAAUGAAACACAGAAAAUAAUAAAAGACAAUCAACAGACAAAGGUACAAGAAGUAGAAAAAGAAAGGAUACCAGAACAGAAUGGAACAUUAUGUGAAGAGAAUAAAACUUCAGUGAUUUCAGCUAAACGAAAACUAGGGCAACUAGAAUUAGAAACUUCUGAAAAUAUAGGAAAAGAUGUGGUGCUACAAGAAGUAAUUGAUUUAAAAUCUAACGAAAUUAAGAACUCAAAAGACAACGCUCUGAAUAGUGACGCUGUGAUUAUAAAUACAAGUAAUACCAUAAUAAAUAUAGAAAACAAUAUAAACAAGCAAGAUUCUGUUUUAGGUAGUCAAACUCUUUGUGAAAACUCAAGAGACUAUAAUGCAGAAAGCUCCUUGGUUUCUGUUGAAACAAACUCUGUUAAUUCUGAGAUUAAAGACAUUUCAGAAGGUUGCCAUGAGACUAGACCCGAACAUGACGGCAUCAUGGCCUGCUUUAAACCAGAACCAACCAUUCUAUCUGCUAUUGAAGAAAAAAGACUAAGUUGGAAGAAAUCAUUUAAACCCUGGCUUGAAAUUUUCAAGAAACAUCAGCAAAAGAAAAUUGUUAAAAAAAAGAGGUUUGUGAAAUGUCCAGCCAAUACCAUGCCCCCUUUGAACACACUGGAAAUUCUUCAGUUUGGCCCUUGGAAUACAUUGAAACAGGUUACAACAGUUACUUUUCAGGAUUUGCCGGGAUGUAAUCUGUCUACACUGGCAGAGUGUACAAAUCUUCAAUUUCUGUCUCUUAGACGCUGUGGAUUAACUUCUUUACACAACUUGAGUAAUUGUAAAAACAUAAAAUACAUUGAUGUACAGGAAAAUCUUAUUCAGACUAUCAAUUGUGAAAAUUUGGAAAAUCUCAGCAUUCUUCUUCUUAAUAAAAACCAACUCAAUUCUUUGCAUGGUUUGGAUGGUUGCAUUAAUAUUCAAAAUCUUGAACUGUCACAUAAUAAAAUCACUCGAAUUGGUCUGUAUACUUUGAAAGCAGUGCUUCCAUCUCCUAAACCUAAAUACAAGCAUUUUUAUGAGGAAAGUGGUUUAGAAUCUUUGAAAAAUCUUCAGCAAUUAAUUUUGGACCACAAUCAGCUAAUUAGUACAAAAGGUCUUUGUGAUACUCCCACCAUUAUUUACCUGGAUUGCUCGUAUAAUCAUCUAACUGAACUUGAGGGCAUUGCAAAUUGUGGAUUACUCCAGAUUUUGAAGUUACAGGGAAAUUAUCUAAGUGAGCUUCCAUCAUUGGAGAAUCACGUUCUACUAAGAGAUUUGCAAUUGGAUGAUAACAGCAUUUCAACUGUGGAAACAUUUUCUUCAUAUUGGCUGCCUUUACUACAAAACCUUACUCUCUCUCAAAACAGUUUAACAGAAAUUAUACCACUUUUUCAUUUUGUUUCUUUGGAGAAACUGGAUGUCAGCAACAAUUGCCUUUCAGAUCUUACCAGUGCCAUAAGGGGGGUUGAUGCUUGCUUUUCUCUCCGUGAAUUGUCUCUCACUGGAAACCCACUUCUCCAGGAAAUAAAUUGGAGGCCUUCUCUGCUUAAAAUGUUACCUGCUCUAAGGAUCCUCAAUGGUGAAAUACUUAAAUCUUAUUCAGAGAGCCACACUGAAGGACAGUACCAGGAAGAAACAGGAAGCUUUCUGGCAGUUUGUCGGUCACAGAUUCAAGAAUUAAAUACACUAAUUGAAAACUAUAUAACUGGAAAUGGGAAUGUGUUCUCCAUGGAUGGUGCAGAAAAUCUCUUUCAUUAUUUUAAGAAAUUGAUGUCACUUAGUAAUGAAUACCGAUAUGCACAUGAAAAUAUGAUUAUAAAUAUCAUGGGCAAAGAUAAAUCAGAAGCCAAGGAAAAUCAUUUGGUCUAUACACAAACUGACAACUUACUGCAAAAUACGGUUCUCAACUCAUGUGCAAGCGAACAUAAACCAGAUCCAUCAGAUAUUUCUGAGAAAUGGAUCAACUUUGGUUCCAAUGAUUCCCCAUUAGCUAAUUCCUCCAUGUGCAUCAAUGUGGAAAUAAGGAAUCAAGAACAAGAACAAAUAAUAAAUGAAAAAAGAGAAGACACUCAGGCAAACAAAAUCCUCACUAAAAGAAUCCCAUUCACAAAAAAUGUAAUGACUACUUCUUUGCUGAAGAACUGCCUAGAUAUUCAGCAUAAUGAAAAAAGCACGGCAGCGUUGAUAAUCCAAUCACGUUGGCGUGGUUACAUUGUGCGCAAACAGAUCCAUUUAUCUACCAGGCUGCAUACUGCUGCAAAAGGACCACUGACAUCCCAGCCAAAUUCCCACAUCAAGAGCCAGACUGUUUUAAAGGCAGAAAAAACAAAACAUAGUAUGAAUACUGAAGAACAGAAGGAGAAGGCUGCUACUCGUAUUCAGGCAGUUUGGAAGGGCUUUCUUUUGCGAAAAAAACUGACAACAGCUCUAGAAGCUGUUAAGAGUGAAGAAUCUGAAGAAUAUGAAGAAAUAGAUCUAGAAGAUUUUACAUUUAAUGAAGCUGCCUUAGAGAAAGAAUGGUUAUCUUUAGAUCCCACCCGCUUCCCUUCACAAACACAGCUUCUACCAAACCAGCUGUACUGGCCAAAGUACUCUAGAACCUUAAAAUAUGAUGACACGUCACUUAAUUUACCAAGUCAUCCAACUCAAGCAUGGCUAUGCAAUGAAAAAGAAAAUGUCUUCUCAUCCGAAGAUACUCAGUUUAAUAACAGAUCAGAAAAUAGAACAUUAUCUUGGACACCUGAAUCAAAGACCCAUAGAAAAAGUUUACUACAAUCUGAAAAAGCAAAAAAAAUUUCAGAAGAAUGGGGCUUUAAGGAUAUUUCUACAGCUCAGCAAAUGUUAAAGAGAGCUCAGAAAAUGAAAUCAAAGAAGUUAAGAGAAAAAAAAGAUCCUGCUGUGCGCCUAGCAUUAUUCAAAGAUAGUGAAAGCAAGCUGUCUGUUACAAAGGCACCAAAGAAGACACAACCCAGAAGCCACCAUCACUUUGAAGCAUCAAAAGAAGAUGGAAUACACAGAGAUACCACUGCAAAUGAAAAAAUAGAAAGGAGUAGAGAAUAUACAUACCAAUGGCUUCAUACACAGGUUGGAGUUCACGAAACAACUAGUUCCAGAAAUAUGAAAUGCAAUCGCUUCUUGCCUGAGUUAGACCCAGAUGUACUGAACGGUAGAAGAGUUCAGCUUGUGGCAAGACUUGUAAGCAGAGAAGACACGGAUUUAGAUCUUUUUUCCAUGACCAGUGGAAGUGCUUUGUCUGUGAACAAAGAAAAAAAAAAUCAAGCACACAGACACUCAGCAGGAUCUUUAAGUAAGUUGUGGUUUCCUUCAGAAUUCAUUUAG